UGUGGAUUAUAUUGUUUAGUUCAACCAAACACACCAUAUGAAAUCAUUUAUGAGUAUGGAAGAAUAAUGAUGAAUGAAGCAAAUCCAAUCAUUCAAAGAAAUAUGAGAUGUAUUGUUAUGAAAGUGAUUGAGAGUUGUUAUGAAAUGAAGAAAGACACCACAGAAAUACGACAAAUCAUCGAUAGAAAAACAUGUGAUAUGGAUAAAGUUAUUGAACUGGCAUUGAAAUAUAAAGAUGAAAGAACAAUAUUGAUGAUUAGAAGAAAGAAAGGAGAAAUUAAAGAAUGUUUUAGAAAUCUUCAAAGCAGAAGUAUCACAUGUUUAAAUGAAAUAGACAAACAAAAUCAAAAUCAAAAUGAAGAAGAAAGAAAAGAAAAGGAAGAAGAAAUAACUAAAAUGUAUGAAGGAAUUAUGGAAGAUCUCAAAGAAGUAAGUGAAACAUUUCGAUUAAGAGAUAUAACUAGAAAUGAAGAAUGUGUUGAAGUGAUGAAGAAAUGUAAUGAAAUAAUGAAGAGAAGAAAUGAAUAUUAUGAAGAAUACAAGAAAGUGUAUCGAGAAAUAGUUGAAAUAGAAAUUUCAAAUAUACCAAUAAAAGAAGGAAUUGAAUUUUGUUGUAAAAUCACAGAAGGAGUUUUAUUAAGAAUGGUGUUAAGUGAUUUAAUCAAACAAAGCCAAUCGAAAUUAACAAUGUACAAACACUUCAAAUGA